UCAUCUCCUUAAUAAUUCCAUUGAUCGUGACAUUUCAUGAUCGUUGAGUUUUCUGAGCUGAGUUGUCGAAUUGUGUCUCGGCGAAAUAGUUUACACACGUACACUGACGGUACCGCGGUACACGUACGCGUGCCAUCGCAUCGCGAUACCGGAUGAUAUUUAUAAGGUGCCCCAUCCUUUUGCAAAACUCAUCUGUGCAUGUGCUGUGUUUAUUUGCAUCUUUUUGAAGUAUUAUACACUCUUUCUGAAUGAAAACAGACUAACGUUAGAGAACAUGGAUUAAAUAAAAUGGAAAAGGCCAACAUCAAAACUGCAACUACAAAUAAUGGAAUCAGAAUGACAUUGCACAGUGACUGACUUUCAAAGUUUUAGAUUGGCGCUAGUUCAGUUUAACAUCCCGUAAAAAAAAAUUACCAUUGAUGAUGGAAAUCAGUGGUGUCAACGUUUAUUGCCUAACAAACAGCUAUCGUGUGGUUGCAUUCAUACUAGAUCUAAUGCGUGGUUAGUUGUGAUUGUUGUGCAGGAAGCCAGGCAAUAAUAGAAUGACGAAAUUGUUAAUGAUGGAGACUCCAGGACCAGUGAGGGUGCAUUGCAAUGUUGGAAAAUUGCUGUCUAAAAUGAAAAUUUAGACGGAAUAAGCCUAGAAAUAAAACUGCUAAAUCACUGAAUGGAUUUCAUGCAACCUGCAUGAUGUUGGAUCAAGAGGAACAAUUAAUAACUUUAUAAAGACUUAGUAUUUGACACUUUUUUAAGAUGAAUCCACAGAAAGGCCCGGGCCAGGGAUCUGAUGCAAAGGCCCGGGCCUCGAAAGCCAAAGUCAUAACAUUCUACAAAAAUGACAACAACUUCAGCGGGUUACGGUUGGCUGUGACGAAGCGGCGUUACCCCAGCUUUGACGCUCUCCUGCAGGAGUUGACAUCGAAGGUGUCGUUGCCGUUUGCGGCGAGGAACGUCUUCACCCCCGGCGGAGUCCACGAUGUCACGGACAUCACAGACCUGGAGGAUGGGCGCUCCUACGUUGUCUCGGACAAGAAGAAGAAGAAGCCUUUGAACAUUGACAAGGUGCAGAAGCCACGGGUUUGGAGGAACACAAAACAACUCAGCAAACAUGAUUCCAAGCUCGCAGCGGCGGCUGCUGCACUGCCCUUGAACUAUCAGAAUGGUUUUGCAAAGACUAGCGGAUCGUCAUCGGUGUCGCCCCCUCACAUGAAUGGCUCUCCAAAUGGAGCAGCUGGAGGAGAUACCCUUGGGAGCAUUCAACAGAGGGUACCUAAUACACCAAAAAAGAUCAUCGUUAUGAUGAAUGGAGACCCCCAGACCAAGCAUAUGAUGCUCCUUAACAGACGCACUGCGCAGAGUUUUGAGGACGUUCUUGCAGACAUCAGCGAAACGUUCAAAGUACCGAUCAAGAGGCUUUGUACAGCUGAUGGCAAAAAGGUGCCAAGCCUUUCAGCAGUAUUUCAAGGUCCUGAUUUAUUUGUGGCUCUCCAGGCUACGGGAUCCUUCAAACCUGCUGCCUACUCCGACAGCUCUCCGUUCAAAACAGUGCCCUCAACAAGACAAAAUCUGAGAAGAAAAUCAGAAGAUAUCGGAGGACAACCGCCCCAGAAGAUUGUGAAGAAAAGCCGUGGUAAAUGGCGUGCCUGGGUAGUGACAGAUGAGAACCCUGCGGCCGGCACCGAUGCGACAGUAUCCGUCACGGUGUACGGUGAGAAGGGCAAGUCUGAGGACAUCGUUCUGGGAUCAGGAGAAGGCAGGUUUGAAGCUGGCAAUGAAGAUGAGUUUAAUAUUCAAGUUGGCAACAUCGGUGAGAUCUACAAGAUUAGGAUUGGUCACGAUAAUCAGACGGAGUUUGCUGGAUGGCUUUGCGAAGAGGUUCGUAUGCAAGAUACCCAUACGGGGGAGGAGAUUGUGUUUCCAUGCCAACGAUGGAUGUCACGUGAUGAGGAUGAUGGCGAGAUUUGCCGAGAGCUUCCUGUCAUGAGGGACGGAGAACCUGUCUACCCAGUGGUUCUUUAUCAGGUAUCUGUGACGACGGGUAACUAUUGGAAUGCAUCAACGGAGGCGGAUGUUUACAUCACGCUCUAUGGAGAGAGAGGAGACACGGGACCGAGGUUACUGCUUCGAUCAAAACGGAAGCAGAAGUUUGAAAAGGGAAAGACUGAUGUCUUUAGUUUGGAAGCCGUUUCCUUGGGAACCGUAAACAAGAUUGUGAUCGGUCACGACACAGCUGAACAAGGCAAAGGAUGGUUUCUUGACAAAGUGGUUGUCAAGGAAACGGACGGAGGUGGACCAGAAGCAGUAUUCCCUUGCUACAGGUGGUUAGAUGCUGGUGAAGAUGAUGGAAAUACUGUACGGGAACUCUUUACAAACAAUAAACCUGUUAGCUUUGAAAAAGAAAUGUGGGACCAGGAGAAGUGGAAGUACGAGACAGGAUGUCAUGUGACCCUUGUGUCAAAGGUCAGCGGACGGGCUCUCCAAGUACUCACAGACAACUCAGUGGAUGCGUGCGGCGAUCCAGAAUCACCCAAUAAAAAUGCAAUAUUCCUUGUUGAGAAAGUGAGAGGCAACGUUCGCAUCUUCCGGACCCUCGCAAAGCCGGAGCUGUACCUCUCCCUGGAUAACAACAAGGCCAGCGGGGUCAAGAAAUCGGGCUUACCAUGCGAGUUCAAACUCAAGGUCCAAGCUGACCGCUCUGUGGCCAUCGAGUCGGUCAAGUCACCCAAUCAGAUGCUGACCUUUGUCCAGAGUGGACGACCCCAUGAUCCCCGAGGUGCCGGCCUAGGUCCUCAGAAGCUGUUCUUUUGCUAUGUCAAAGGAACAUUCAGUGACAACGGGUUAGUAGUCUUCUACACCUCCCGCACGCAGACCCUUAGCGUGGAUGGCGAGGAUGGCCUCAUUGCCACCGGGCAGAAGACAGAAAGUGCCUACUGGCGGGUCAGGAGAGUGCCUGGCCAGAAGACUAGGAUGUUUGAGAGUUUGACCAGGCCUGAUCAGUACCUUAGGAUAAAAGAUGGGAAAUGCAAUGUAACGGGGAUUGGAGAUGAGUCUUGCCAUUUUUUGAUAAACAAGUUCAAGGAGAAGGGGUACAUCACCCUUCAGUCCAACACAUUACGGAACCUUAGCAUUGGAUUCCUACCAGACGGUUCAGUCAGACCAACGAUAGACAGUGGAGAACCCAAUGUGAGGCUAUAUCCAGAAGUCAUUGAAUUUGGAACCAAGAAGAAAUUGACCACGCCCACCCCACCAACCACACCCAAACCUACCAAAAUGGCUAAGAAACCGAUCAAGAAGAGGAAGAGUGAAGGAAAUAUUGAUAUUUCUUCCGUUGCCAAGGCAGCGAAGAAAGAAGAGAAAAAGUCGGCGAAGACCAAGGGUUCCAAGCUGAAGCAGGUGAAGGAGGCUGCCCCUGCAGCAGGAGCAGCAGCAGCUACCAUAGCAGAAAAGGAGAAAACACAAUAUGAGGAUGGAGAAUGGAAGUGCCUUGUAAAGACUGGUAGCCUGUCUACCAAAGCCAGUGUCAUCCUGGUGGUGUAUGGACACAAGAAGGUAUCGGAACCCUUCACUCUCGGUAAAGGUGGGCCCAAGCUGUUCAGCCCAGGCAGUGAAGACAAGUUCAAGGUCAACCUACAAGGUCUUGGUAACAUCUACAAGAUCAGGAUAGGAUUAGAUUCCUACAAGGCCUCUUGGAGAUUAGACACGGUGAGUCUGAUAGAGCCGUCCAGCGGUGACAAACACGUCUGUAAGUUUAAGAAUCGUUGGCUGUCUCUGAAGGAAGAUGAUGGCGAUCUUUGGAGAGAACAUGCCAUAGCUCUACCUGGGAAGAAACCUCUACCUAUGAUGCAGUACUUUGUUAUGGUUGCCACGGGAACGGAGCCCAACUCGGCGACAGAUGCCAACGUCUACAUCAACAUCUUUGGGGAGAAGGGUGACACCGGCAAGAGGCUUCUUCAUAGAUCUAAUAAUGAUGAUACAUUUCUGGAAGGCCAGGUGGACUGUUUUGAGUUGGAGGCCGUAUCGGUCAAGAAACCUACCAAGGUUGUGAUUGGUCAUGAUGGGGAUAGCCCCGGAGAGGGAUGGUAUCUCCAACAGGUCACCAUCAAGGACAAAAAAGACUCCAAGACAGAAUACAUCUUCAAAUGUGAAAGAUGGCUUGAUGCAGGACAGGACGACAAUGAGAUUGAGAGAGAACUGGCACUCACUGAAACAAGGACGAUAAAACCAAAUGAUUGGGAGAUAUUCAUUGUGACAGGCUCUAUGAGUGAGGCCGCUCUGCCUUCACCGGCGACACUGGUGGUCUACGGAGACAAGGAUAAGACGGAGGUUGUCCUGGAACCCCCUCAUGGGGACGGAUUCCAACCAGGCAGUGCUGAGACGUUCAGGGUCAAUUUUGGCGAUAUUGGUAGACUUGUCAAGGUCCGGCUUGGUCACGAGGACAACGAGUCCAGCUGGUACGUGAAGACGAUGAGGAUGGUUGAUCUGAAUACCAACGAGGGGCAAGAUUAUGAGGUUGACCGUUGGAUGUCCAGGAGCAAUGAUGACCGGGAUGUCUGGAGGGAAUUGGCUGCAAUCUGGCCCGGUCAGAGAACUGCACCUGUUGCAAGAUAUUAUGUCCAAGUAUUCACCUCGACCGAACCUGAGGCCUCCACCAGUGCCAGCAUCUAUGUCAACCUGAUUGGAAAGAACCACGACUCUGGCAAACGAUACCUGGUCCGUCCCAAGACCAACAACAAAACGCCCUUCCAGUCCGGUCAGAUGGACGGUUAUGAGGUGGAAGCCGUCUUCCUGGGUAAGGUGUCAAAGGUCAUUGUGGGGCAUGAUGGGAAGGAGGAAGGUCAGGGUUGGUGCUUGGAGAAGAUCGUUGUCAAGGAGUCUAGGACGGCCAAGAAUGAAGCCAUAUUCCCGUGUGAAAAAUGGCUUGAUACUGGGAAGGAUGAUGGUAAAAUAGAAAGAACUCUGGUCCUUGGCAAGCCUUCAGCAGCCCCGAACACAGUCACAUCGGCCUCUGCAUCUGCUACCACGGACAUCAUCACCUUAAAAUGGAAAGCUCCCUCAACGCCAGUCACCUCUUACAUUGUGACCUGUGACCCACCUGACCCCAAGGAGUCAAAGGUCACCCUGAAUGACCCCAAGGCUACAGAGGUCGUGUUCGGUGACCUGACCCCCGGAAAGGAGUACACGUUUGGUAUCGUGGCGGUUAAUAAGAAGAAAGAAGGGGAGAAAGUUACGGUUAAGGCUACAACGAAACCUAACAAAGUGCUGGAUGCAACUAUUGAGAGUGCGCUGACCUCCAUAAAGGUCACGUGGAAAUCACCUGAAGGUCAACUGACCGGUUACCAUGUCAAGGUAUCUCCCUCGGACGCCAAGAAGUCUUCACUCAAGAUCAAAGAUGUUGCCACGACAACGGCCGAAUUCGAAGGCCUGAUGCCUAACAAGGACUACAAGGUUCAGAUUGUCACGGUUGCCGGGGAAACCGAGAGCGAGAAGGUCACUCUCGAAGGAAAGACCACAAUGCCCGAACUGAUUGUCCUUCCCGUCAUUGACCACUCCACCUCCUCUGGAACAGACCACCUAGAGGUUUCCUGGAAGAAACCUGAUGGAGAUAUUACUGGCUACAGGGCUGUACUACAACCAUCGGAAGGUGACAACCCUGAGGUGAAAUUGGACGGGGAUGAUAAGACGAGCGUCAGGUUCACUGGAUUAGCACCAGGCAGGGAAUACCAUGUAGAGGUCUUCACUCUUCAUGAGGAUAAAGAGAGCGAGAAGGUCACCGUCGUUGGAAGAACAGAAAGUGGCAAGGUCCACAAGGUUCGCAAAGCGUCCGUGUCCACCACUUCAUCGUCGGCGACCGUUUCGUGGAAGAAACCAGAAGGGGAUGUCGGUGGCUAUCGCGUCACAUGCGUACCCAAAGAAACUGAGAAAGAUGGAAAGAAAGAAGAGGUUAAGAUUGAUGAUGCUGGUGUGACCGAAACCACGUUUAUCGGGCUAAGUCCAAACACAGAAUAUGUUUGCAAGAUUUAUACAAUAUCCGCGCAAGGGACGGAAAGCAGUAGCGUGAAAGUGGAAGGGAAGACAGAUGAUGAACAAGAGGAGGGGGAAGUCCCCAUCGUCAGUGACAUCACAGCUACGCCCACCACCAACUCAAUCACUGUCUCAUGGAAGGCUCCUGAGGGAGACAUCACAGGAUACAAAGUUUCUUGUGCCCUGAAGAGUAAACCUGAAGAUGUUGUUUCUGAGGUUUCCACUGAUGAUAGUUCUACAACCACUGCAGUGCUUGAGGGUCUGGAUGAAGGCAAGGUGUAUGUUAUCAAUAUAGUUUCAUUGAAGGACGAGGAGAUCAGUAAACCUGCUACAAUCACUGCUGAAACAAAAAAGCUGAAGAUCCACAAAGUUCAACAUGCAGAGAUUUCCCAGACCGGUACCACUUCUCUCUCUAUCUCUUGGGAGAAACCCAAGGGGGAUGUGACUGGAUAUUUGGUUACCUGUCAAACCACAGCUGCAGCUGCUGCUGCUACCCCAAGAGAUAAGAACUCCAAGGACAAAAAGAAGAAGGAGAAGAAGAAGAAAGACGAGGAGGAAAAGAAAGAGGAUGGGGAAGAAGAGAAGGUGAAGGAGGAGGAGGAGGCAACGGAGGAAGAAGAGAAGGAGAGAGAGAUACAGAUUGAAAAUCCCGAGGAGACGCGAGCAUUGUUUGAAGAUCUGAAGUCUGAUGAAGAGUAUGUCAUCAAGAUCUAUACACUAGUAGGGGAGAAGAAGAGCGACCGUGUGAAGAUCAUUGCAAAGACUGAACCUGAAGUGGAUUACUCUGAAGAUAUCGCCCAACUCCUGGAGGCCAGUGAGCUCCUGGAUGCCUCCCCUAGACCGGAAGAUGCUCCUCCGCCUGAAGAGGGUGUGGUUCCGCCAGUCAGGGACCUCAAGGCCACACCCUCCUUGGACUACAUCACGGUAACAUGGAAGAAGCCUAGUGAGGAUGGCGUUACUGGGUAUCACCUGACUUGUGCGUUGAAGAGUGAUCCAGAAAAGGUCAUCAAGGAGAUAACACUUGAUAAGCCCGAGACUGAGAAUGCCUCUAUUGAUGAUCUGGAAGAAAGUACAGUCUACGUCAUCAGUGUCGUCACAGUAACGGAUGAUGCCAAGAGUGAGCCUGUCUCAGUAGAAACAGAAACAAAAACCUUGAAGAUUCAUCGGGUUCAAAAUGCUGUGAUAUCAGAGACUGGCACCACAUCUCUGACUCUCGCUUGGGAGAAACCAAAAGGACCUGUUACUGGAUAUUUGGUCACCUGUCAAACUUCAGCUGCUGCAGCAACUCCUCGAGAUAAAAAGGCUUCCAAGGACAAGAAGAAGAAGGAUGGGGAUGAUGGGAAGGAGGAAAAGGAAGAUAAAAAGGAGGAGAUCUUGGGACAAGAGCAAGAAAGGAAGAUAGAGGAUCCCGAAGAGUUGAAAGCAGUUUUUGAAGGUUUGAAAGCUGAUGAGGAUUACGUGGUCAAGAUAUAUACCUUGGUUGGAGAGAAGAAGAGCGAUAGGGUGAAGGUCACAGGAAAGACGGACAAGAUGCCUAUAGAAAAUACUGACUCCAUCACCGCAGCAACAGACAAGACGCCUGUAGGAAAUACUGACCCCAUCACCAUAGCAACGGAAUGGGUUGAAUCAACAUCACUUAAAGCUACAUGGACGAAGCCAGCGAGGGCAGCAGUCACUGGCUACAAGGUGACAUGUCAACUGAAAGAUGGCGGUGACCCAACAUCACUGAAAGAGGUCAAGAUCGAUGACCCUGAUGUGACCUCUCUGACCUUUGAUGACCUCCAAGAGAAGGUCAUAUAUCUGGUGGAAGCUGCUGUCUUGGAUGGGGAGGAGGAAAUUGACAAAGCCUCAACUGAGGCUGCACCAAAAAAAGCCACAAAAUUGCCACCUGUUUCGAACGCCAAACUCGAGGCAGGCCCGGGGACUCUCAACGUGACCUGGAAGCCACCUGAUGGAGAGGUCAAAGGUUAUCUUGUUACCUGCUCACCGGAGAAGGAAGAUAAGAAGAAGAAGAAAGGAAAGGGGGAUGAAAAGAAGGACUCUGGAAAGGAGGACAAGAAGAAGGACAAGAAGGAGAGAUUGGAGGAGGAUAAGAAAAAUGAUGAGGCUGAAGAUGGGAAGACAGUAGAGGUGAAGAAGGAGGAUGAGGAAGAGAGUAACAAGGAGAAGGAAAAUGAUGGAGAGAAGGAAGAAAAGGAAGGAAAAGCAGGUGUAGAGGAAGAAAACGAAAAAGAUAAAACAACUCUUGAUGAGGAUGGUGGUAAGGAAGAAGAAAAGAAGAAAAAGAAGAAAGACAAAACAACUCUUGGUGAUAAAGAAGAUGGAAAGGAAAGAAAGAAGAAGGAAAAGACUUCUGUUGAUGGAAAUAAAAAGAAGGAGAAAACAUCAGUCCAUGGUGGAGGAAAAAAGAACACCGAAGAGGAGAAGAAAGAAAUUAGACUUGAUGAUCCAGCUGUUACGGAGGCUGUGUUCAACGGUUUGGACCCUGAAACUGUGUAUGUGAUUAAAAUCUACAGCCUGGAUGGAGAGACUAAGAGUGAUUCAGUCAAGCUGACUGGUAAACCUGCACCUGUGGCCUCCACUGAAGUAGCCAAGUUAUUGCCAGUCAAACAUGCUGUGAUCGAGACAGCAACAUCGACAUCCAUCUUGUUGUCAUGGAAACAACCAGAAUGUGACUUGACUGGAUACCUGGUGACCUGUACAUUGGAUGACAAGAAGGAUGGAGAGAAGAGUAAAGAGAAGAAGGACAAGAAGGAGAAAUCAAAGGAUAAGGAUAAAAAGAAGAGGAGUGAAAGUGAAGCGAAAGAAGACGAAUCUGAAAAGGAGGGAGAUGAUAAAGAAGAGAUAAGUGGAAAGAAGGACAAGAAGAAGAAAAAGAAAGAAAAGACGACUGUUGGCGAGGAGGGUGAAGAAAAGGAGGAUAAACAGAAGGAAGCUACCCUAAUUGAGGUUAAAGAAGAAGACAGUACAAAGGAUGGAAAGAAAGAAGGACCGGCAGAAGAUGAAGCGAAAGAGGAGGAUAAGGAGAAUGAUAUUGAUGAAGGGAAGAAAGAAAAGAAAAAGAAGAAAAAGGAGAAGACUACUUUUGAUGACGAUGGUGAUCAAGAUGAGGAGAAGAAAAAGGAAAAGACUGGAGAUGAUGAAGAAGAAGGAGAAAAGAGUGAAGAAAGGAAGAAGAAGGAAAAGACAACUGUUGGUGAAGAUAAGAAGAAGGACAAGAAGAAAAAAGAAAAGACAUCCAUAAAAGAUGACGAAGAUGACGAUAAACAGGAAAAGAAGAAGAAAAAGGAAAAGACAUCUGUAAAAGAUAAUGAAGAUGACGAAAAGAAGGAAAAGAAGAAGAAAAAGGAAAAGACUUCUCUCGCCAAAGACAAGAAGAAUAAAGAUGAAGAUAAAGAUGAGAAGAGCUCCAAGAAGGAUAAGAAGAACAAACCAAAAGAUGAAAAAGAAAUAGAAGAUAUCCAGAUUGAUGACCCGAAGGUCACGGAAACUACGUUCAACAACUUGCAGCCAAACAAGACCUACAUUCUUAAAAUCUUUACUGUCAAUGGAGACAAGAAAAGUGAAAGAGUUAAAAUUACUGGAAAAACAGCCAAAGAGGAGAAGAAAGCUCCCACAAAGCAAAUGGAUGAGGAUGAAGCAGCGAGAACGAUCCAGAAGAACUUUAAAAAGUUUAAAUCAAAGAAGACGAAGAAAUCACCAGAAUCGGAGAGCAAUCAGGUCAAAGAUCCCAAGGCGGAAUCGACCCUUGACACCAUCAACCUGACCUGGGUCAAACCUGAUGGAGAGGUCACAGGUUACAGGGUCGCUUGCCAGCCCACGGGAGGGGAAAGUUCGGAGGUCAAGCUAGACGGAGGGGAGGAGACAUCCCACGAGUUGACCGGCCUAGUGGCAGGGAGGGAGCACGAGAUGGAGAUAUACACCGUGAACGGGGAGAAGGAGUCAGAGAAAGUCACCAUCAAGAAGUUCACAGUGCCUCAUCCUGCGGUGGAGCCAAAGAUUGAAGAAACUAGCUCUAACAAACUCAGAGUUUGCUGGUCCCCACCCUCAGAAGGUGAACAGACUGGUUACAGGGUGGAGUGGAAGCCUCAGAAGGGGAGCAGCGAAGAGAAGAAGGAUGAAGAGAAAGAAGAAGAAGAGAUCGAUAUAGAUUUGGAUGAUCCUGAAACUGAAAAGGCUGCUCUGAAAAUACAGAAGCAGUUUAAGAAGUUUAAGUUGAAAAAGGGACCAGCGAAAACAGCAGAUCCCAAGAACAAAAAGGACGAGGAAAAGAAGGAGGAUGAGAAAAAGAAGGAAGAUGAAGGAUGGAAGGAGGUUGGAGCUGAUGUGACAAGCCUUGAAGUGACUGGUCUAAAGACUAGCCAUCCCUAUGACAUCACCGUAUUUGCCUUAGCCGGACCAGAACGCAGCGAGCCUGCUAAAGUAGAAGCAACAACAACACCUAGCCAAGUUACAGGUCCAGAGAUCGUGCCUACCCAUGAUGCCAUCUCGCUGACAUGGCAGCACCCUGAUGGGCCCAGGACGGGCUACAGGGUCACACUGAUCAAGGUGGUCGAUGAUGUCGAAGAUGAUGCCAAAGAUGAUGUCGAUAAUGAGGAGGGCGAUGACCAUGCCGAUCCUCCUGCUGAUAAGGAGGGUGAUGACCCAACCCCUGCUGAGAAGGACAAUGAUAAUCAUUCUAAGGUGGUCGAUGAUGUCAGUGAUGAGAAGGAGGUCGAUGGCUAUUCUCAUCCGCCACCGCCCUCUGCCUCCAAAGAAGUGGACAACCCUCCAGCUGUGAAAGACACUGAUGAACCAUCUCCCAAAGAGGAGGAUCCUAUCACUACUCCAGCUGAGGAGAUCAACGAUGUCAACGAUGAUAAGGUGAACAGUGACAAUGAGAAGGACAUUGAUGAUGAUGCUCAUCCUCCUGAUGAAGAGGCUGUGACUGAGCCAAAAGUCAGAGAGUUGGAGACAGAGGUGACUGGUGUUACUUUCUCUGGGUUGGAGUCAGGGGUGGAGUACAUUGCCACUAUCGUGACCCUGGAUGGAGAGAGGGAGAGUGAAGGGGUUACCAUUCAAGGAAAAACAACAGUCUUGGAUUACCCCAAACCUCCAGAGAAUCUAAGCACCGAUUGCUCCAUCAAAUCAAUCACCGUUUCAUGGACCAAGCCAGAAGGCGUGGUCACAGGAUACAAAAUCACAUGCAAACCACAUGGGCAAUCACCUGACCAUGCUGAUGAAGCAUCAGGUGAUGAAGAACAGUCAGGUGAUCUCAAGGCUGACAGUGAGACCGGGGAGCAGGAGGAGGCAGAGAAAGGGGAAGCAAAAGAGAAGGGAGAAGAUGGCGAUCAUGCAGGGGAGUUGGGAGAGAAGUCAGGUGAUGAGGCGCAGAAGUCAGAUGACCAAGAGAAGUCAGGUGACCCAGUGAAGAAGUCAGGUGAUGCCCAGGCCGACAACAAAGCCAUUGAAGAAGCUCAAGAAGGGGAUACUAAGGAGAAGUCAGACGAUAGGGAGAAGGAGAAAACGGACGAUCAGAGAAAAGAAAAAGACGUUGAUGCCAAACCUGCCAAAGAUAGUCAAGAAGACGAGGAUGCCACCAAUGAGAAAGAAAAGACGGAUAUUCCUGAGAAAGACUCAAAAGAAGAGGAAAACCGGGAUGGCAAGGAACCAGCUAAUGGGUCUCAUGAUCAAAGAACAGAAUCAGGUGAUGUUGAUGACAAAGUUGGAACAGCAAGUGGGAAAGACAAUGUGGAAGCCAACCAAGAUUCUUUUGCUGAUUCCAAUGACAGUGGUCAGUUGGGAGAUGGGUCAGGUGACAGAUCAUCACAUGAAGGAUCACAUGACCAGGUCAGUGGUGAUGAAGGUUACAGGUCGGGAUCGGACGAGGAAGAGGUCAGGAUAGUGGAUGCCGACAAGACAAGCUUGACCAUCUCUGGUCUCAGGGCAAUGACCACUUACACCAUCAGCGUCAUCACACUCAAUGGUCAGCUGGAGAGCAAGCCGGCCACGUCCGAGGCACAGACAUUGGAACCGGAGAGGCCACACCCCGUGGUGGAAGGCAAGCUUGACUGCGAAGCAACGACCAUCGUUGUCACCUGGAAGAAACCUAGGGAAGGAGAGAUGACCGGAUACAGGGUGACGUGUCUUACAAAGGAAGAGAUUGAACAGGAGAAGGAGAGUCGAGAGAAGGAAGAAACUGACCAAUCAGAAGAAGAGAUACAAAACAAGGUUGACCUUGGGGUCACCAAGGAGGUCCGAGCGGAUGUCUUCACUGCAAAGUUCUUUGACCUUGAUCCAGAGACGGAACACACAGUCAGGAUCUGGACAUUACUUGAUGGUUUAACGAGUGAUGUGGUUGAACUAAUAGACAAGACUAAGCCUGACAUUAAAGAAACCGAGGGUGAGUGGACAGUAACCAUCGUUACAGAUGAGGACUCUAAGCCUUCCCACAAUGCCUUGGUUGAACUGAUGGUUUAUGGGAAGGAUGGAAAGUCUGAUCCUCUCAUACUCAACAAAGAGAGGAAGGAAGAUGGAUGCUUUGAGCCUGGCAAGACCAAAAGCUUUGAUAUCCAAGUUGGAUAUAUUGGAAAUAUCACUAAGAUUCGUAUUGGAUACCAUGAUGAUGCAUCAUGGGAAGGUUGGCAUCUGAAAGAGGUUCACAUGGAGGACAAACACACCAAAGAGAAACUGGACUUUGCGUUUGACCGUUGGAUGGCAAGGGGUCAAGAUGACCAAGACAUCUUCAGGGAGCUACCAGCCAAAAGAGAAAACCAAGAAUCUCUACCAGUUGAGGUAUACUACGUCUCUGUCCACACCGGUGACCGAUGGGCCGCGUACACAGAUGCCCCCCUUUGGGUCAUUAUACACGGAGAGAAUGGAGAUACCGGAAAAAGAAUACUUUACAACUCCCUAAAAGCAGAGGAAAAGUUCCUUCAGAAUCAGAUGGAUACUUUCAAAGUAGAAGCAGUAUCACUAGGUGAGAUCACUAUGAUGGAGAUCGGCCAUGAUGUCAAGGGCUAUGGUGCUGGGAUAUACCUUGAUCAUGUGACCGUGAAGGAAGGAGAAGACGCAGAGAAUGAAUAUCUCUUCCCUGUUAAUAACUGGCUGGAUGAUCACAUUGGCGACAAAAAGCUACAUAGACAACUCAAACCUAUAGGCAAACAAUCAACCAAAGAAAGCGAUAAGACACAGGAGAAUUCCAAGCCUGAAUCACAGGGUAACUGGACUGUUUUCAUGAAGGUCAGUGAUGACUCUCCGGCCUCGUUCAAAGCCAAUCUGUACCUGACUGUCUUUGAUGGCAUCAUCGCGUCAAGACCACACCAGAUCGCGCUGGAUGAGGAAUUCGCUCCAGGAAAAGAAAUUGAAAGCUCGAUGAAGACUGAGCAAAUCAAGAACAUAUCCAAGAUAAGACUUGAGCAUGAUAAUUCAGGAAGAGGACAGCUCAUUUCCGUUAAUACAAUCCGGUUGGUUGACAAAGACACUGGGGAAGAGCUAACUUACAGAUUGGACUGUAAGCUAGGAGAAGAUGAGAAGACUGGUGCAUCAUCACUGACUAAGGAGGUUCCUACAUUGAAAGAUGGUCAACAACCAUUACCAGUUGUUGAAUAUGAGGUGAAGACAAAGACCAAAGAUGAGGCUGGAUCCUGGAGCAAUGCCAACGUCUACAUCAAGCUGGUCGGGGAUGCAGGGGAUACCGGUGUGAGGCACCUCUGGAAGCUCGACUUAGAGAAUGCCUUCCAACAAGGACAGGAGGAUACCUUCAUCAUAGAAGCGGUAGACGUCGGCAUCCUCCAGAGGGUUCUCCUCUCUUUGGAGUCUGAAGAACAAGACGACGCCUGGCUUCCAGAAUCCAUCACGGUCUCUGCAACCAACUCGCCCCAGAAGUACGAGCUUCCAUGCAACUCUUGGAUAGGGAUGACUGCAGAUGCCAGUCAGGAGCAAGAGCUUGUGGUAGAUGCUGAUCAGACCCCUGCUGUAAAUAAUGAAGGAGAAUCGGGAUCCAAAGGUUCAUGGACACUCUGGCUCACCCCCGGACCUGACGAUGGAAUGGGCUGCAAUUCACUUCUCUCAAUGAUGGCCUAUGGAAGUCAAGGAUCCAGCAGGACUGUUCCACUCGAGAAUGGGGAAGAUGUUGGGUCAAGUAAAGAAGAGGAAGGAGGGGAGAAGCUGAUGUACCCACCAGGAGUAACCAAGAAAUUUGAUAUUAAUCUGGGUGAAAUUGGAAGCAUCUACAAGAUACGACUCUCUUUGGAUGAGAAGGACGCAACUCAACCUCAGAUGUACCUCAAGAAGAUAAAAAUGAAAGAUAAGGACUCAAACCAGGAAUUCCAUUUCUUUGUCGACCGAUGGCUUAAACAGACGCCCAACGUUGAGAAGGAGAAGAAGGAAGAAGAGAACGAGAAGAAGGAAGGAGAGGAAGACAAGAAGAUGGAAUCUUUGAUCCUUGAACUACCAGCUAUCAGACCCGACAUAGCACCAGACCCAGUUGUUAAAUACCAAAUUGAUGUACGGACCGGAGAGGAGGAGAACAGUGAAACAUCUAGCCAAGCUUAUGUGAAACUCAUUGGUAGCCAUGGCGACACAGGAAAACGACUGCUCAUCUGGGAGGAGGAGGAUAAGAAGACCUUUGAGAAAGGAGCUCGAGCUACAUUCAACAUAGAAGCUGUUUCUAUUGGAGAAAUAUCCCAGUGCAUUGUGGGUCAUGAUGGCGAGGAAUCAGAAUCAGGAUGGUAUGUGGAGAAUGUGACAGUAACAGAGAAGAAUUCUGAUACAGACGAUCAACCGGAUGAUAAAGCCUGGUCAUUUACUUGCCAAAGGUGGUUAGCAGUUGAUAAGGAGGAUAAUCAGACGGAAGUUACCCUUGAUGUAGACCCGCCCCCUCUAGCCUCUCCCCCUGGUGAGGACACUCCCCCUGACAGCAAUGCACCUCCCGAUGAGAAGGAGGAGCUUGCGGAGGACACGCCCACACCCGAUGAGGAGGAGAAGCCAAAAGAUGAGGACGAAUCAAAGGAAGAAAAACCAGAGGAGGAGGAAGAGAAGGAUGAUGAUGGUGGUAAAGAGUAGACCAUAUCAUGUUGCCAUGGUAACAGGCAUGCUGUACAUCAAGAUAUUUUGAGGGAAAUUAGAGCAUUUUAAGAAUUUGAAUAGUAGUGGGUACACUAUCAUUGUUGGUGUGAUGUUGGACCUGGGGAGUGUUUCAUAAAAGGACUUGUCAGACGUUUUGUCCGACAAGUCCCAUUUUAUCUGACAGUUACCUCAGGAACUGUGCUUGUCAGCCAAUCAAAAUCAAAAAAAGUUUUCAGAUCUGACAACCUGUCAGACAAAAAUAUUGAUGAAAUGCUCCCCAGGGACCUGUUGCAUAAAAGACACUGUGAUGAUAACUUUGCAUUUAGUUGUAAUUACCAUGGUAACAAUGAUAAGUAGCCAAUCAAAAUCAAGGAUUCCUUACUGCAGCAGGGCUCUGGUUAUGGAGGGGGAAUGUAAUCUAACAGUUACAAAAAAUCAAUGCAAAAUAAUCAGAUAUUGUUAGUAACUGUUUCUCUUUGGUUUUGGUAUUUAGGAUUGAUUUUGGGGCUCAUGUUGAUAUGAGUCGCUCCUCUGAUCUGGAUAACAAAGGUUCCGUAUGGUUAUUGAUAAAGACACACUUAUUGAAUAUAUAUAUAUGAUAAAAAUUAUGAAGCGUACAUGUAGUUCAUAAAUAAACACCACUUGCCUGUUAUAAACAUUCAAUUGUCACAUUACCAAAGUAACAUGUGAUCCAUUGAAUAGUCUAAUGUUUUGCUUUGUCGGUUCCAAUAUGCAUGAUGAUUUAUCGCCACAGGUAAGUUGGUGUUUUGUGCAAUAUGUACAUACACUAAAUGGUAUAUGAAUAUUUUGAUAACGAUGUGUAUUGUCCAAUAUGGAGUCGUGUGAGCCCUGUACAAAAUGUAUGGGAAUGAUUGCAUUCAGCAAUCAAUCGGUUAAGCAUUGUUCAUCACAAAACAUAAUUUUGUGAAAUCUGUCCACGUACAUGUACGUAUGUUACAAUAUUUUAUAUAAUUAUGCUUAUGUACAUGUAACAUGUGCCUAAUCGUUGAUGAAAAGUCAAGUGUGUAGAAUCAUUUAUACAUCUUGAUAUACUUUGGUGUUAGACGCAAAGGUUUUCAAACCAUGCCUUUAAGACAAUCGUGAUGAAACGCCUCGACAAUUCACUUGUACAUUUAUAUACUUAUUGUUUAUGAUUGUGAAUGUUUUCACAUGAUCACAUAUUUUGAUUUUGUAGAUUAUUCGUUGCAUUAUUGACCAAAGGCAAUCAUUCAUGUAUUUUAUUCAAAGAAUUGAAUGACGUUGUAGAUUUGUAUAGAAAAAAGAGAUUUAUAUAUUUUAGAAUGUGUUAUGGAUAUUUUCGCUUGAAGUGAUAUUUUAAUCUAGAGAUAGCAGUCAUAUGUAUUUGAUGUACACUGUAGAUAAUGUAAAAUGCAAACAAAUAUUUAUUACAUCACUAUCUUAUAAUCACAAUGAACAAAAGGGGAAAUCCCCAAUUAUGAACACAGGGAAAGCCCCUUAAUGAACAUAGGGAAAUCCCCUUAAUGAACAAGGAUUAGUAACAUUUGUUUUGGAGAGACUCCCCAAGUGAGAAACUGAUAAUUGUAAAUUUCAUUUUUUUUUUAAUUCGCAUUGCCAAUGCAGUAAGAUUAAUCAAGUGCUGCUUUAUGUUAUGUAUAUGCAGGUACAAGAUGUGUAGAAAAAAAAUGAUCUUAAAUCGGCUUCUGUACUAAGUAAAAAGAAAUUCAUGGUUGUGGCCAUACAUAUACAUGUACAUGUAUAGUUAAUGGCACAGACUACAAGUUUUCACAUUAGCAAGUCUUUUAAUAUGUAAAGUAAAACACCAAAAGAUGUUGCCAGGUCUGUCGAACCUGCAAGCAUUAUGUUGCUAAUAAAUGAGUAUAUUAACACAAUAUGUCCUUCAGAUGUGAAUAUGGUGCAUGUACUUAAAUGGACUCUUACAUGUUUUAUUCUAUCCAUGAUUUCUUUUACAUGUAUCUUGUAUAUUGUGUGUAGAAAAAAAAAAGUAUUCGUAAAUAUAUAAAAUAUAGUUGUGUUAUUGAAACACUGUAUCACAAAUUUGUCUUGUAAAAUAUGCACUUUAGCCAACAGUGCCCAUGUAUCUGAAUUCACAUGUCAAUUACGUCAUAAUAAUACAAGGGUUGCAUUGAAGUCCAUUUCAGAUCACCUUUUCAAUUGUUUACAUGUACAUUAUAAUUGUUUAAAAACCCUUUUUAUUAUCCAUUCGCAGUUUAAUUUAAUUGAAAAGGGACAUGCAAAUAUAUUUUGUAACUCAUGUAGGACUAUGACAUCAUUGGCAUCUUGAUAAGUAUGUAUAUAUGAACCACGCUCUGUUUCAUCCUAAUGAAUUAAACUAAACUGUCAGUCCGCACUUCUGUGUACUGCAUUUUAUCUACCUACAUGUAGUAUUAAAAAUUCAUUGAAAAAUGGUAAUACCAAAGAAUUCAGUUAAAUGUAUUUAAUUGACUGAUGUAAUCUUUCCUCUCCCAUUUUGAUGAUGAAAUUGAUCCAUUGCACAAUUUGCUUCCUCCAGGAUUAAAAUAGUUCAAAUUUAAUAAUAAUGAAAAAGGGUAUCUAUUUCGCUAGGAAAGCGUGUUUAGGGUCAAAUUUGUGAGGAUAUAUAUAAAAAGUAUUUCAAAGCAUGUACUUUUUUCCCUAAACAGUCAACACUGGUACCCCUCCCCCCCCCCCCCGAGUUUUGAUAUAAAUUCCUCUCCCCAGGUGCAUGUCACUAUUCCAUUUCUUUAACAGGUUGUUACAGAUAUUAAUGCAAGUGACCCAAAGCAUGGCUAAAAUACAGGCGUUAUUGGGUAAAUUUCAAGAUAUUUACAUCAGAAUUGAAUAGAACAUCUGCAUAUGUAUUUUGUCUUAUUUAUGUAAAACACCUCAAGUGUGGAAUAGGCUUAAAAUUGCAGGAUAUGAAAUCUUUUGCCAGUGGCUUAUCAUUAUGCAAUUACAAGAUACAUGUAUGUAAAGUAAAGUGCACAAACAGCGGUUUUGAAUGAAAAAUAAAAGCAUUACCUUUGGGGGAAAUAUGUGUAGAAAGGCUACUGUUGAGGAUGAAAGAAGGAAACUGGGUGCUUAAGUUUUGAAACAAAGAAGGAAGUGGUUAUUGUACAUGUAUUAUCAAAAAGGCUGUUAAAACCUUUCAUCUUCAUAUAUACAAGUAUCUUUAUUUAUUACGUGUAGGACAGCUCAGCAAUAUUUCCGAGAUAUGACUUAAGUGGGGCAACCUUAUUUAGCAGCCUUGAAAGUGUCCUAUUCAGAAAUUAGGAGGAUAGAUUUACGCAAUAUAAAAUUGCCACCAUUGUCGUAGUUCCACAAUACAGAUUUUUUCUCAGCAGUCUUCAAAAUAUUCCAAUUUGGAGGUACGAGGUUUCGACAGCCCACUGACAAUAUUUGUUCAGCUUUCCAUUUAUAGAGAGACUGGUUUUCAAAGAAAAACAAAGUGUGAAGUGAAACCAAAAACUAUUGCAUCGAAAGUAGUUUGUUGAGAAAUGGAAACAAGAUGCUUCCAAAAGUGCUUUGAAAAGAUCUUGCGUUUCUGUGGGUAUUUAAAAUUGGAAAUGGGUUAGAAUUACUCUCUUUCUAAUUCUCUCUCUGUUUUUUUUUCCAUUUUUUAUUUGAGUCAACUGAUUCUUAAAAGUGCAUACAAAAAUAUAGAUUUCUUUUUUCACUCUAUUAAAUGGAGAUGUACUUUUUGGCUCAAGGUUCUCCACAUCUUGAUAAAAAAACUUUGCAAUUAAAUUUUGCUGUCUGGCAAUGGAAUACAUGUGUCAAGCAUAAAAUCAUGCAGAUGCUAUGACAAUAUAGGUGUAACCCACAAUAUGAUGGCUUAAACUUGAUGUUGACAUUUUCACUAAGUUUGACUAAUCAAGCUAUGAUAGCUUGUCAAAAUUGAUCAACAACAACCAUAAGAAGAAAGAAAUGAGAGAGGACAAGGUUUAAUUUUGGCGUUCACUCAAGCAUGACGGAGUACAUACAGUGCAAAUCUGGUAAAUUUUCCAGUCUGGAAAGAAAUAAUUCACUUUAACCUUGGAACUUCAAAUGUUGACAGUAUAGAGAAGAAAAAUUACUUUUCUCGUAUGCUAACUUUCAUUUUUGAAGAGCAGAUUACUUAUUUUAAAUGGGAAGAAUUACAUGAAUUCGAACCAUUUAUAUUCGCUCUUCUACAUGUUGAGAAAACCCACGCACGUACACGUAUAUGUUGGUAAUGAAAUCGCUUGUUUAGU